AUGUCUGCCCCUAAGGGACCUUUUCGUCUUGUUACUGUCAACACUGCUCCUGACAGAGCUAAACGGCUAAUUGGGCGGGUGGUCGAGGCCCUUAAGGACCGCUAUACCAUCAUCCACGAAGCAAACUGCAAAACAAUUGAGGAAGUUGGACCCAAGGUAAAGGAGCUGAUGCCUGACGUUCUAUUCAGUGCCUCUAUGUGGACAGAGGAGAAGGCUCGUCAGAUUCAUUCUAUUGCGAGAGAAAUCAAACCCGAUAUCAAAACCCACGCCAUUCCUGAGGGGCUGCAAGUAGAACGGGGUCCCGACGCUAUCGUUGAAUAUCUUUGCGAGAAAGUGCCCGGGCUUUUGGACAAUUAA